AGAAACCCGUGAAAGUAACGUUGCUUUAAUGUGAGAUAUUUAAACAUGACACCGAGCUGGAUGGUAGAUUAAGUGUUUCAUUAACCACAUGUUGGAGAAGAAUCUGCUUUCAUCUGCAUCUGUAUGUCGUUUGGAUCCUUUAUUAUGUCGAAUAACCGCAGAAUUUUGGCAGAUCCUUACAAAUCCCUGGGAUUCCGUUCACAUCAGUAUUAUAAACAGCUCUUUGUUACACAAUCAGACCUACAAUAAUGUUCUCCAAGAGGUUAUGGUUUGUGUUUAACUGCAGCAAAAGUGUUCUAAAUACUCAGAUUUAUUGGAAAGACCCAAGAAAGAAAAGUCACGCUGGCGUUAGUUAAAAAUCAGUUUCUGUAGAAUGUAAUGGUUGUGCUGCCACCUAGUGUUUACAGCCAGGGAUAACUGAUCUGAUCUAACACAUCUGAUUCACCAGAGCAGCUAAUUAACCCCCCAUCAUGAGUGGUGUGUCCUGCUGCAAUCCACCGCACAUUUACUGAACUUUACUUCUGAUAUUAACUUUGCUUCUGCUCGGAAAUCCAAUAAUACACGUGGAGGCUUGUCGUAACACAUCGGGUGCCAAAAUGAUUGAAUUUCAUGAGCUAAUUCCCUGCAUAUCAGGUGGGUUUAGCUGGUGAUUAGUUGACUUAUGUGGCCCUGAUGAGACAUCUGCGCUGUGAAGCGUGACAGUGAUGCCCCUGCACAUGUGUGAGGAGUAACUCGUCUUCUGUUACUAGUUAUAUUUGGAUCUCUAAUGUUCUGCUCUGCCAGCUUCAGGAAUGCUUGGGGUUGCUAUAAGGCUCUUCCUUCCCCUCUACUCUACUCAACUCUACUCUACUCUUCCCCCAGUCCCAGUGCCUGGACAGAGCAGUGUGCAGUAACACUGUCCACACUUCCUGACUUCACUGUCGUUGUUGUCCCUCUGAGCGAUGGAGGACAGACCUCUACAGGUGCUGCACCUGGAAACCGCGCCGUAUCCUGACCAGAGGCCCAGCACCGGCGGCCUCAGGAAAAGCGUCCGUGUUUUCCAGUAUAAAAGGAACUACUUACAAAACUUCAUCCAGAGUAUCUUCUCCUCCAUCGACCUGCGAGAACGUCAAGGCUGCACCAUGGUGGUGGGAGGAGACGGGCGUUACUUCAACACCACCGCCAUCCAGGUCAUAGUGCAGAUGGCUGCGGCCAACGGGCUUGUUUUGUCCUCCGUUCCUUACCUGUCUCAGGUCGGCCGCCUGCUGAUUGGUCAGAACGGCAUCAUGUCCACGCCGGCGGUGUCGAGCGUCAUCAGGAAGUUCAAAGCGAUCGGUGGGUUUGUUCUCACCGCCAGUCACAACCCUGGAGGACCGGAUGGGGAAUUUGGCAUCAAGUUCAACAUUGCUAAUGGAGGGCCUGCACCCACGGCUGUGACGGAUAAAAUCUUCCAGAUAAGCAGGAGUCUAGAGGAAUACGCCAUCUGCCCUGAACUCACGGUGGACCUGACAACACUCGGCAAGCAGAGUUUCGACCUGGAGAACAAAUUCAAACCCUUUACAGUUGAGAUUGUGGACCCGGUGGAAUCCUACGCCAACAUGCUGAGGAACAUCUUUGACUUUGCAGCACUGAAGGAGCUUCUGUCAGGCCAGAAUCACAUACGCAUCCGUUUAGACGCCAUGAACGGAGCGAUUGGCCCGUAUGUGAAAAAGAUCCUGUGUGAAGAGCUGGGUUCUCCUGCCAACUCGGCCAUUAACUGCAUCCCUCAGGAGGACUUCGGCGGUCGGCUUCCAGAUCCCAACCUGACCAACGCCGCAGAUCUGCUGGAGACCAUGAAGAGCGGCCAGUUUGACUUCGGAGCUGCGUUCGAUGGUGACGGUGACCGUAACAUGAUCUUGGGCAAAAAUGGCUUUUUCAUCAACCCCUCGGAUUCGGUUGCUGUUAUUGCGGCAAACAUCUUCUGCAUCCCUUACUUUCAGCACAUGGGGGUGCGAGGCUUCGCCAGGACAAUGUCCAGCAGCGCGGCACUCGACAAUGUGGCGAAAGCAACCAAGAUUCAACUGUAUGAAACUCCAACUGGGUGGAAGUUCUUCGGAAAGCUGAUGGACGCCGGUCGCCUUUCGCUGUGUGGAGAGGAGAACUUCGGCACAGGUGCGGAUCAUAUCCGUGAGAAGGACGGGCUUUGGGCCGUGCUCGCCUGGCUCUCCGUUCUUGCUUUUAGAAAACAGAGUGUUGAGGAAGUCAUGAUAGAUCACUGGAAAACCUACGGCAGGAACUACUAUACCAGGUAUGACUACGAGGACGUGGAGAUCGACGUCGCGGUGGACCUGAUGCUGGAUCUGGAGGUGAUCAUCACAGACAAGACCUUUGUGGGACAGAAGAUCACGGUAGGAGAGAAAACCUACGCAGUGGAGAAAGCAGAUAACUUUGAGUACAGCGACCCUGUAGACGGAAGCAUCACACGGAACCAGGGACUGCGGAUCCUGUUUAAAGGCGGCUCUCGUAUUAUUUUCCGUCUCAGUGGAACCGCGUCAGGAGCCACGAUACAUCUCUACGUGGACGGCUACGAGAAAGACGAAAACCAGCUAUUACACGACCCACAGGUGAAGUUAUCUGACCUGCUGAACAUCGCGCUCAACUUGUCUCAGCUGUGUGAAAGGACAAAGAGAUCCGCUCCUACUCUCAUUACAUAAUUAUAUAUCUGUGGGGUUUUUUUGUCUAACUUUUUUAAUAAAAAUCACUUUU